UUCUUACUGUUAAUUCUAGAGCAAGGAUGAUCCCAAUUCUACCUAUGAUGAAGACAACAUGGCUCAGUGCAUUGUUGACCUCUUUAUUGCUGGGACAGAUACAACCUCAGCUUCUCUCCAUUGGGCAUUGCUUCUCAUGGCGACUCAUCUGGAUAUCCAAGAUAAAGUCCACAAGGAGCUGGAAGAAGUUUUCAAUUCAUCUCACUCAAUCUGUUACAAAGAUUGGAAGAAACUGCCCUACACCAGUGCCGUAAUUCAUGAGAUCAUGCGAAACAAAUAUGCCUUAUUGUUUGGGCUUGCGAGACAAUGUGUGAAGGAUGUCUAUCUGAAUGGUUUUAUCAUCCCCAAGGGAGCUGUUAUUCUUCCAGACUUACGUUCUGUUCUUUCGGAUCCUGAACAUUGGGAGAUGCCUGAAGAGUUCAACCCAAAUAAUUUUUUGGACAAGGAAGGGAAUUUUGUGCUAAAAGAAGCAUUUCUUCCCUUUGGAGCCGGAACUCGUUCCUGCUUGGGGGAACUCCUUGCAAAGACUGAGUUCUUCAUCGUCUUUACCAGCCUGCUGAGGGAAUUUAGGUUGGAGCUACCAGAAGGAGUGGAAAAGCUCAGUCAAGAAUCCAUAAUAGGGUUGACUCUGCAUCCCCCUCCUUACAAGAUUUGUGCUCUUCCUCGUACCAGGACACCAUAAUAUGAACCAAUAACAAGAGCGGCUUCCCAUGUUAUGAUGUCUGUCUGGUUCAACACUUAGUAGAUCCAUCACCUUCAAGAUUGUCUCUUCUUAUCUUGCUGAAUGACUCCUCCCAGCAUCUCUCAGCAUCAGUCAGCUUCCUAUGCGUCCCAGGCAGUGCAAAGAUAGCUGUCACACGCUGCCUGCUGGUAGCGGCUACUACUACAUACCUGACCAAGAGGGGAAGGGGCUAUGAUGUAAUGCAGCCUUGCCAUUACCGUCCUGUUGCAAGGGCUCAUGGGAUAUUAGGCCCUUCCUGGGGAAAGCAAGUGGCGACUUUGAACUCUCAAAAUGGGAGUUUAUUUUCCUUAGAUAUCAGAGCAUUUACAGUACAGAACUUUAUUUGUUGCAACACAGGUUACUAUCGCUCUCUGUUUCAAUCAACAUUUGUAGAUUGUUCACCUUCAAGGUUCAGUGUUGAGAUCUUGGAGUUGCAGUUAAUAUACAGUAGGUGCAAGGAGUGAGUUUGCAAUCCAUUCAUUUGAUUAGCGAUAAUCAUGGUUAGUUUUUCAAGUGGGUCAGUGUGUUUCUGUAAACCUGUUAGUUAGAUGGUUCAGUACAUUAUAGAUUGUCCACAAUCAGAAAAUGGGUUGAACACAGCUGCAUUCACAUAGCAUACAGUAUUAACCUGGCUGAAAUUACCCAUUUUCUUGGUUUGCAUAAUGCAGUGGAUCAUAAGCUGGUGAAACUGCUGAGCUCACACAACGUACUAAGUCUCAAAGAAAUCCUAAUGAAAUUUAAGGGUAACCAGGUUUAGUGUCUUGUGUGCAUGCCGGUCUUAACUGCUAGCAAGGUUGCUGCUGUGGGGUUCGAAUGAAGGGAGAUUCUCCCUGAAAGGCCUUUAGCGUGUCAGAGGAUGGUGUUAGUUAGGCUUACUCUAAAUAGGAGAAUCUUAAGUAAGUUUUGGAAAAUGUAACAAUAAGUUGGGGGAGCCUUGAAUCUUAGAGAUCAGUAGUGAAAACUUACUUUUGGUGAUGACCUGAUUUCACCACGGAAAUCAUGACCCAAUUAUAUUUGCAUAUUCUUUGGCAUAAGAAUUUCCUGGUAAGGCACCACAUUUGACUCAAGGUUUGCAAUUGCAGAAUAAAUCCUGGUUAUUUUCCUACUCUUGUCUAGUCAACAGGGACAGCUGCUGGGCAACGCAAAUAUCUGGAAAUUAUUCUUUCUGUGACAAGGGUGAUGUGGGAUACAGAUUUAAGGAAGACAAAUAAAUCUCUUUACUGCCCCUACAAUGAGGUUGCCAACUGCCUGCCAGCUGAGGCAGCUUUAUGGGCUUGCUUUCCUCGAAACGGGCUGACCGAAGGGGAAAAUUGGACUCUCGGGUUUCUGCUAUUCCUCUUUCAAUGGGCAGUGUGAAUAUCACCUUCUUUCUUUGGGUUCCUUUGUGAGGGGAAGGAAAAGCUUUAAUAAAGGGAAUUAAU